AUGAGUACCGUCAACUCGCAGGACGAUGAAGAUACCUUUAAAAUACUUAUUGCUACUGAUAUUCAUCUUGGCUAUUUGGAGAAGGAUCCAGUGCGUGGAAGUGAUACAUUUGUAACUUUUAAUGAAAUUCUGGACCACGCUCAGAAAAAUGAAGUGGACUUUGUUUUAUUAGGUGGGGACCUUUUCCAUGAUAACAAACCUUCCAGAAAAACUGUACACACUUGUUUGGAGUCACUAAGAAAAUAUUGCAUGGGUGAUCGUCCUGUUCAGUUUGAAAUUUUGAGUGAUCAGGCAGUUAAUUUUCACAAGAGCAAGUUUCCAUGGGUGAAUUAUCAGGAUGGAAAUCUUAACAUUUCUAUCCCAGUUUUUAGUAUUCAUGGCAAUCAUGAUGAUCCCACAGGGGCAGAUGCGCUGUGUGCCUUGGAUAUCUUAAGCUGUGCAGGACUGUUGAAUCACUUUGGAUAUUCGACUUCUGUAGAGAAAAUAGAUAUCAAUCCCAUUUUACUGCGUAAGGGUAGAACACAAAUUGCUCUGUAUGGCCUGGGAGCUAUUCCAGAUGAGAGGUUGUAUCGUAUGUUUGUCAAUAAACAAGUAACCAUGCUGAGACCAAAGGAAGAUGAAGAUAGUUGGUUUAACUUAUUUGUGAUUCAUCAAAAUAGGAGCAAACAUGGAGCUACUAACUACAUUCCCGAGCAGUUUUUAGAUGACUUCAUUAAUCUUGUUGUGUGGGGUCAUGAACAUGAGUGUAAAAUAGCUCCAUGCCAAAAUGAACAGCAACGUUUCUAUGUUUCCCAGCCAGGAAGUUCAGUGGUGACAUCUCUGUCCCCCGGAGAAGCUGUGAAGAAACAUAUUGGUUUGCUGCACGUUAAAGGGAAGAAAAUGAAAAUGCAGAAGAUUGCUCUCGAGACAGUGCGGACAUUCCAAAUGGAGGAUAUUGUUCUAGCUGAUCAUCCUGAUCUUUUUAAUCCUGACAAUCCUAAAGUAACUCAGGCGAUACAAGCGUUCUGCAUGGAAAAGGUGGAGUUGAUGCUGGACAAUGCAGAAAGAGAACGCUUGGGAAAUCCACGCCAGCCAGAGAAGCCUCUCAUAAGAUUACGAGUUGACUAUGCAGGUGGCUUUGAACCAUUCAGUGUCCAUCGUUUUAGCCAGAAGUACAUCGACAGGGUGGCUAACCCAAAAGACAUCAUACACUUUUUCAGGCGUCGUGAACAAAAAGGGAAAAAUGACAACGAUCUUAAUUUUGGAAAACUCGUUAGAAGACCUGCUUCUGAGGGGACAACACUGAGGGUGGAAGACCUUGUAAAGCAGUAUUUUCAGACGGCAGAGAAGAAAGUACAGCUCUCACUUCUAACUGAAAGAGGAAUGGGGGAAGCAGUGCAAGAGUUUGUGGACAAAGAGGAAAAAGAUGCCAUAGAAGAGUUGGUGAAAUUUCAACUAGAAAAAACGCAGAGGUUUCUUAAGGAGCGUCGCACUGAUGCAGAGGAAGAAAAAAUAGAUGAAGAGGUGCGAAAAUUCAGGGAGAGUAGAAAAAAGAAUACUGAAGAAGAGGAUGAGGAAGUUCGUGAGGCAAUGACCAGGGCUAGAGCCCUCAGAUCUGAGGAUGCUGUUCUUGUCGAGGCUUCCAGUGAUGAAGAACUCAUGGACACGGGGACAAGAGGCACUGGUGAUUCGGAUGAUGCCCUUCCUGGAACAAUGAGGCAAGGAAGGGGGCGGGCAAGGGGCAGGGCAAGAGGUGCAAGAGGACAAAAUGCGACAGCAAGAGGUUCAUCUCGAAGGGGAAGAGGAAGCACUAGCCAAGAGUCAGCUACGAGCAGCAGAACCUACAAGCCUGUGUCUGUGCCUGCCAAGAAUAUGUCAAUCAUGGAUGCCUUUAAGUCUUUCAAACCACAGGCCUCCUUGAAUUCAUCUAAAUCUUAUUCUGAGCUUUAUAAAUUAUAUCAUUUUUUUCAGGAUAUUAUAGAUGAUGACUCUGAUAUGGAAGAAGUUUCUGUUGUUCCUUCCAAAGUCAAUCAAAGGUUGUCAACUACACCUUCAGUUAGUAAAAGAGGUUCACAAAGCCAGACAUCCAGAGGAGUUGAUUUUGAGUCGGAUGAGGAUGAAUUUGAUCUGUUCAGAAGCACUCCACCAUCAAGAAGAACUAAGUGA